AUGAAGAAUGAAUUAGGUAAUGAAGUAAAGGACAUAGACAUUGCUUGCGGGCUACUUGCAGAAAAACAGGCCGAUGACGAACCCGGCGCGACCCUUGAUUCCCAGUUCUUCUCUUUCGCCAAAAUGGGUGACAAGAACAGAGACGGCACGACCAUUACAUUGUCCAAUUCCGACUACUGGAUGCGCCAAGCUACAAUCCUGGAUGACAAAAUUCUUACCAUGGUCGACACAGGACAUAUAUUCUUUAGCAGAUACAACAAAACUGAAAUCACCUGGAAUGAGUGGUUGGACUACAUCGAUGUGCUUUGUAUGAAAAAAGAGCUUGACGUGGAAAGAGUGAAGGAUAUGUUAACUGUUUGUGGUCUACCAGGAGAGAAGCCGGUGGACAUACCACAGUAUCGAAACUUCUUCGCCAAUUACAAGAAGAAGGAGAAAUCCGUUAUGUUCUAA